UGCCGUUUUGAAAGAUGAAAGACGGCAACAGCAGUCAUGGUAAUCGUGAGUGAGACAAAGGAAAGUGGCAGGCAGUCGCGUUCAGUUUGAAGCCGCCACACCACAGAAAAAAUAUAAAUAAAUAAUCCGUACUAACUUCGGAGCAACAGCAGCUACUGGAAAACCAAAGCAGCGGCCACAAAAAUAACAACCAAAAAACCAGAGUUCUGUUCAUAUUUCUGUCAAAAUAUGGGCCAAGAGAUAUCGCAACAGCAAAAUCAGCAACACCAACAACACCAGCAGCACCAACAACAACAACUACCCCACCACAAACGACAACCACAGCGAAAAAGCUUCAGCGGCAUUAGCACCACCAAUCAGCCGAUUUACACGCCCACAAGUCACCUAUCCACCAGCUCCUCCUCCACCAACACCAACGAUUAUAGCCACAAUAAUACCAGCAAUAAUAAUAACAAUCAGAACUACCGGUUGCGUCACAAGUACAACUUGAGCAAGCAAACCUACGAAAGGAGCAAAAUAGCAGCGAGUGCAGCGAGUACAAGUCAAUCCGAUACGGAUUCGCAUUACGCCAAACUAAAUCUGCAAAGGAGCAGUUCGCAGAGUUCGGAUAGCGGCAUCUACAACUCGUCCUGUCACUGCAGUUCCAUAUCCUCGAUAUCGGCCGUCAGCAGCAGUGCGAGCAGCAGUCGCAGCAGCAGCAGCUCUAGUCGCGGUUGUCCCAGUUCUCUGGUGUCUAGCAAAUCGAACCGCUCGUUGGACAAGCAGAAACACUACCUAAGCCAUCACCUGUACAUCAAGUCCUAUCUGGACAUCUUGGAGGAGGACGAGCGGGCACGGGCUCACUUCAAAUCCGCUCGUCCGGGCGGCAUUCGCAACUAUACACCCAAGAUCUUGGCCAGCGGGGAAUCGAGUUUAUCGGGCAACUCCAGCACCAACACAGCUCUAUCAUCCAGUGCUCCAGCUCAUUGCUACGGACCGGGAAAGAGAACAACAGUCGGUGGAACAGGCGGAUCAGUUGGAGCAGCAGGAGCAUCAGGAACAGGAGCACAGGGAACGGAUCCGUGGAUUUGA